GGAUACACAGUGUGGUUGACUUGGCUCGGCUCGAGAAUAGCAAAGGUACAUGUAGCAAACUCAAAACUAUUUGGUUUGGGCUCACAAUUUUCGAUCAAGCUUCACAGCUUCACAACAAUCAAUCACAAUUCCAUCAACGAUUCUUUACCAACACAUACACCAUCACGAUGACCGCCGCCAUGAUUGAUCCCAAGUCUACAUCCUUCCCAACAUUGGUCCACCGCAUGCUAACUGAGAUCGAUGAACUCGCCAGUAACCCCGAGAAGGACACUCACAAACUUUCCAAAGUUGUAAGUUGGCAGCCCCAUGGCAUGGCCUUUUUGGUGCAUGACAAGAAGAAGUUUGCAGAGAUCAUCAUGCCCAAGUGGUUUCCUCGCUUGAAACAUGCGAGCUGGAUUCGCCAACUGAGCCUGUUUGGCUUCAAGAGGGUGCACGCCGAGGGCGACGACAAAGGAGCCAUGUACCACGAGAGCUUCAUUCGGGGCAUGCCCGAGCUGGCUGCCAAGAUCCAAAAGGUCAAGCGCAAGAAGAACAACGAGGAUGCCAUCAGUCCUAGCAGCAGCGGGCUAAGCCUCAACACUGCUUCCUUGGCCUUCUUGCAGCAAAAGAAGGACAGCAACACCAACCUUACAAGCUUCAGCAGUGACGUCCAGGCUCCCCUUCCAGUUGUUUCCAGCAGCAGCCUUCGCGACAUGGUCUUCCACGCAAGAAGAAACACAACUCUUCCUUGCCACACCUCUUCUUCUUCCGCCAUUCCUCAGCUCCCUUCCCUUGCCCUCUCAAUGUCUCCCCAGCAUCAGCAGGAGACCGCUCUCCAGCUGAGGUCAUUCCCCCGUAUUGAAAUGCCCUACAUGCAAGAGCAACCCUUGAAGGCCGCUUCUACUUCCUUCUUCACAGAAGACGUUUUCUCGUUGCUGCAGAGGUUUACGGGCCUUGACGAAGACAGCGAUGCUCUUCAUCAGCCGCUAGCAGUGGAUGAAGCUACUUGGGAUUUGGAACCUCUUCCCCUUCAUUAAGCACACAUACAUUCAUUCAGCAGCAGAACUAAACACACUAACUAAGUACAUAUAUACAACAC